UUGCAUUAUAGUACGUGCUAGAGUUACAGAUAUAGUGCUUUCACAUAUAAAAGGUUUCUGCUCUAAAAAAUUCAAUAAAACUACCUGUACCUAAUUAAAUUAAUUAUAAUUACUUUAACAAAUGAUUGAAAAUCAAUUAAGUAGUUUGGUGCAUAACACUUGCAUUAUAUUACAUGCUAUUAAAUUCAAUGAAACUACUUGUACUAAUUAAAUUGAUUCUAAUUACAUUAAUAAUAUGAUUGAAAGUUUAAUAAGAAUUUUCUGUAAUAACAUGGUAAUACGAUUUUUUCUCCGAUGCAGCUCUUAAUAUCUCUCAUGUGAGAAAAGAGCAGAUAUAAGGUGUUUUAAUUCGAGGUUUUUAAACAAGGUAUCGGUCUGUGUGUGUAGGUUUUCUGUAAACUGAAUGAUAAACAACUCUAAUAUGUAAUUUUUAUUUAUAAUAUAAUUAUUUUCCAGUAAGCGUUGUGUGGAAGAUACGCCAAGCCAUUAUAAAACAAUUCUAUGUAGAAUAUAGAAAGUUACUGUUUACAUUCAAAAGGCUGAAACGCGCCGUGGGAUCACCUUUGGAAGUGGUUUUUUGAUCUGUGUUUCUGUUUCAACUAGGAGUUUAGUACCAAAAUGUCAUUUUCCUCUAUUUGUCGUGUUCGCGACUAUUUUGCUUAGAUUAUAUUGAAUAUCAAACGUGUGGUAAGGCUCAUUACAAUACUCGUAUGGUUUCAGUACUCAAUACAUCGCAACAAUGAACAGCGAAGCUCUUACCGUACCAAUAAUUUUCAUAAAUACAUAAUAUGAAUGACAUAAAUGUCAGUGUGACACGUAAUGUUUUGCGAAGAUAAAAUGAACAUAGACUCCGUGUUGGACAUUCUACAAUUAAUUGGCACAUUUGGUCAUAUUAUAUCAACAGCGGAAUCGUUAAUGCUUCAUAACAGCUUGCUAAUAUUGCAAACUGAAAAUCACUUCCAAAAUAUAUUCUACUGGGGCAAAAUUUUAGGAACAGAAGAUGAUUACUAUAUAGCGUAUGGUUACUCCAAGGAUAUACUCUUGAAAAGAACCUAUUAUUAUAGCAAGGACUGCAUUAAUUGGGGAUUGUUGCCGCAACCAAAUAACAUUGGAUUGGAGUUAACUCCUUUAUGCAAGACCAAUUUCCAAGGAAAUGCCGCAUUAGUUACGGAAAUUAAGAUGGAAGAGGAGCAAAUCAUGGACGCCAGGUCAAACAAACCCCCAUUGAUAAAAAGACUGAAGGAAGAAGACAGAUUAUCAGCGACGGUUCAUCUAAUAACUAAAGAGGUAGCCGUUGUCCCACGCGGAGCGUUAUUUAAACGCUCAGAUGGCGUUAUUGUGGAAAAUCGGUCGUUCGAAGGGUUGAGUCCCUUAGAGGCCACAGACUUGGCUUCGUAUCAACAUUUCCGACCGGCAACUCAAAAAUUAAAAAACAAUUUGUUCGCUCGAAAAGAUUAUAACUAUGCUAUAGACUUUUUGGACACCAUCGACAUGGACGUUCCAACGAAUUGUUGGACUAUCCAGCCGACAAAAGACGAAACUGGCGUUAUUAUUAGGUCAAUGUAUUGGCCCGGAAUGAUAUUUUACCACUUUUCGAAAACACCGAAACACGGUUUUCUCUACACCGGUAACGGAAAAAAAUGUAUUGAUUUGCCGUUUAUGUAAUA